GUUUCCUUCUCCUUUUGAAACACAAACGAAACCUAAUAAUCUCCUCCAACUCCCAAGUCCCAACUCCAAAGUCCAACCUUUCACCCCAAAAAAAAAAAAAAAAAAAAAAAAAACUCCAAGUCCAACCAAUAAAGCCCCAGAACAGUAUCACACAAGACAGUAUCACACUGUACCUUGCUAAGGGAAAUAGAUUCACCUACCCUUUACCCUCUCUAUUUCUAGCUCUCUCUUUCUAGUUUAUAUUCCACUAUGUUUGUUCUAUUGGUUUCAUCGCCUCCUGUCUAGUUUUUCUCUUUAAGAGAACGCCGAAUUCCUUCGUUUGCCUUCAGAUACCGUACACGUUUCUCAAUCAAAGAUGGGUUUUUUUGGUACCCACAAUCCGCUUGGAACAAUGUGAAAAACGGAUUUGGGCAUUCGGCAAUCGUUAAACCAAAGCAAAAAGCUUUCAUUUUUACCAAGAAAAAAUUAUUUUUGAAUCAUGGGUAAGGGAGGAAUUCAGGUGUUUGAUGAUAAGAUGGAUGGGUUUUUCUCUGCAUGCAACUUGGGUUCUCAGUGGAGUCUGAUGGAGGGCCACCCUUACCCCGGUGGCUUAUUUGCAAGCAUUGGUCAAAUAGGAAUGGGAUUCGGUGUUUCUUCCAAUCCUCCCAAUCCCCGUGAUAACAGUGGCGGCAUAAAAUCUCCGUUCACAGAUUUGUACGAGAAGUAUGUUUCCUUCCAGGAGGAAAAUCGUCUAGACGAAUUGCCAGAAGGUGAAGAAGGCACUUUGAAGAUGAAGAAGAAGAAAGCCGGUCUUAAACUCAAAAUCAAGAUUUCUAACCCUUCAUUAAGGCGCUUAAUAAGCGGCGGUAUAGCUGGGGCAGUUUCAAGGACCGCUGUGGCUCCGCUGGAGACUAUAAGGACGCACUUGAUGGUCGGUAGCAGGGGGGAUUCUACUACUGAGGUGUUUAACAACAUCAUGAAGCACGAUGGAUGGAAAGGCUUGUUUCGGGGUAAUUUAGUUAAUGUGAUUCGAGUUGCACCUAGCAAGGCCAUAGAGCUCUUCGCCUUUGAUACUGUUAAUAAGAAUUUGUCUCCAAAGCCUGGGGAAAAACCAAAAAUUCCUUUACCUGCCUCAUUAGUUGCAGGAGCUUGUGCUGGAGUCAGCUCAACAUUGUGCACAUAUCCACUUGAGUUAGUUAAAACUCGUCUAACCAUAGAGAAAGAUGUUUAUAAUGGCAUACUGGAUGCAUUUGUGAAAAUACUGCGAAGUGAAGGCCCAGGUGAACUCUACAGGGGCCUUGCUCCUAGUCUUAUUGGAGUAAUUCCAUAUGCUGCCACAAAUUAUUUUGCAUAUGACUCAUUAAAGAAAACAUACCGGAGAGUCUUUAAGCAAGAGAAAAUUGGAAAUAUUGAGACCCUUUUGAUUGGAUCACUGGCUGGGGCUAUAUCAAGCAGUGCAACUUUCCCGCUUGAGGUGGCUCGCAAGCACAUGCAAGUUGGGGCUCUCCACGGGAGACAGGUUUACAAGAAUGUGUUUCACGCACUCUCGAGCAUCCUUGAACAAGAAGGCAUUCAGGGAUUAUAUAAAGGGUUGGGUCCCAGUUGCUUGAAGUUGGUGCCAGCUGCUGGAAUUUCUUUCAUGUGCUAUGAAGCAAUGAAAAGGAUAUUGGUGGAGGAUGAUGAAGAAUCAUAGAUUUCUUGGGAAAAAAAUAAGUGGAAGUUUUAGUUAUGCCUACAUUUCAACAGACUGAGCUGGUAUACAUUAUAGGUUAACAUGUUCUCUCGGUUUUUAUUUUUAUUGUUAUUAUUUUUUAUUUCCGGAAAUUUUGUGCUUGGGGCUCAGUCCAGUCAAAGUCUAAGUUGGGAGGUAGAACUUGGUGAUUUUGGAAAUUUUUUUUUAAAUUUUAAAUCUUUUCCAAGCAAAUAAAUAUUGUCUUCUGAU